UUUGAAGAUCCAUGUCGUUGAUUUUUUUAUAUGUGUGAUUGAUUUGAAAUUUUGAAAUUCUUGUCUUUUGCUUUUAUUGUCAUCGAUACUGCCAUGGAAAUUGAAUCCGGUAAAAAAUCCGGAAAAAAGAAACAUUCUCGCAGUGAUACUGUGGCCACGAUGGAAGAUACGGAUGAAUAUUGUUUACAACCCGAAUCAAAACCACCAAAAAUUUCAGCUGAAAAAUGGCCACUAUUAUUGAAAAAUUUGGAUCGUAUGAAUGUACGAGCACAUCACUUUACACCAUUACCAUUCGGUUGUUCACCAAAUAAAAGAGAAAUUAAAGAAUAUCUUAAAUCAGGUUUCAUUAACCUGGAUAAACCAUCGAAUCCUUCGUCACAUGAAGUUGUAGCCUGGAUUAAACGUAUAUUACGUGUUGAGAAAACUGGCCAUAGUGGUACACUCGAUCCCAAAGUAUCUGGCUGUUUGAUUGUUUGUAUUGAUCGUGCCACACGGCUUGUUAAAAGUCAACAGAAUGCCGGUAAAGAAUAUGUGGCUGUUUUGCGAUUACAUUCCGAAGUUCCAGGCGGCAGAGCUACGGUGAUCAAAGCUGUUCAACAAUUAACUGGCGCCCUUUUUCAACGACCACCAUUGAUAUCGGCAGUUAAACGACAACUUCGUAUUCGUACUAUCUAUAAUAGUAAAUUAUUCGAAUACAAUGAGAAAGCUAAUCUUGGCAUACUUUGGAUAGAUUGUGAAGCCGGAACCUAUGUACGAACAUUGUGUGUUCAUUUAGGAUUAUUAUUAGGCGUGUCAGGUCAAAUGCAAGAGCUUCGUCGUGUUCGAUCGGGUAUACAAGACGAAUCGAAAGGCAUGGUUACCAUGCAUGAUUUGGUCGAUGCUAUGUAUCAGUUUGAUCACCAUAAAGAUGAAUCCUUGUUACGAUUAGUUGUCAAACCAUUGGAAGCAUUAUUGGUACGUCAUAAACGAAUCAUAAUCAAAGAUACAGCAGUCAAUGCCGUAUGUUAUGGUGCUAAAAUCAUGUUACCGGGUGUUCUUCGUUAUGAUGAUGAUAUCGAACUUAAUGAAGAAAUCGUUAUUGUUACCACUAAAGGAGAAGCCGUUUGUCUAGCCAUUGCAUUGAUGACAACAUCUACGAUUAUGUGCUGUGAUCAUGGUGUUGUGGCUAAAAUAAAACGUGUUGUCAUGGAACGAGAUACAUAUCCACGUAAAUGGGGAUUAGGACCAGUUGCAUCCUUUAAGAAGAAAUUAAUCAAGGACGGAAUGCUAGAUCAAAAAGGCAAACCAAAUGAUCGAACACCAAAAGAAUGGUAUGAAAAGAUUGGUCAAGUACCAUUGAAAAUUCAGCCACAAGGUGAAGAGAUGAAUAAAUCAAAAGCACAGAAAAUUAAACAAGAUGUUCUUCAACAAGCUGGCAAUGAUGAUAAUGAACAAGAAAUAGAACGUGAUGUUAUUGUUAAAGAGAAAAAGAAGAAAAAGAAAAAGAAACAUCAAACAGCUGAUGAAGAAGCUAUGGACGAAUAAAAAUUCAACAAUCAACCAACCAAUAUUCAAUCAUUUUUUUUUUGAUAGAAAAAAUAUUCAUGUAUUCAUUUUUUUGUCAAAAUUUGUCUGUCAUCGAUUUGUUUUGUUCUAUUAAAACGAAACUUGAACUUUAA